GUAUCUAAUUCUUUUAUAGGUACUUCCUAUUUAACAGACGUGGUGUGGUGGGCCGGCACAAUUGCAAUGGCUGUUGGCCAGAUUGGAAACUUCCUGGCUUACACAGCAGUCCCUACGGUCCUGGUGACUCCCCUGGGUGCCCUUGGAGUGCCGUUUGGGUCCAUUUUAGCUUCUUAUCUUCUGAAGGAGAAGCUCAACAUCUUGGGCAAGUUGGGAUGUCUGCUGAGCUGCGCAGGCUCUGUCGUGCUCAUCAUCCACUCCCCGAAGUCCGAGAGUGUGACCACACAGGCCGAGCUGGAGGAGAAACUGACCAAUCCAGUGUUUGUGGGCUACCUGUGUAUCGUGCUGCUCAUGCUGCUGCUGCUGAUAUUCUGGAUUGCUCCGGCCCACGGGCCCACCAACAUCAUGGUCUACAUCAGCAUCUGCUCCUUGCUGGGGAGCCUCACCGUGCCUUCCACCAAGGGCAUCGGGCUGGCAGCCCAAGACAUCGUGCAUAACAACCCAUCUAGCCAGCGAGCCCUGUGCCUGUGCCUGGUGCUGCUGGCCGUGCUGGGCUGUAGCAUCAUCGUCCAGUUCAGGUACAUCAACAAGGCGCUGGAGUGCUUCGACUCCUCGGUGUUUGGGGCCAUCUACUAUGUCGUGUUCACCACACUGGUCCUGCUGGCCUCUGCCAUCCUCUUCCGCGAGUGGAGCAAUGUGGGCUUGGUGGACUUCCUGGGAAUGGCCUGCGGAUUCACCACUGUCUCCGUGGGGAUCGUCCUCAUACAGGUGUUCAAAGAGUUCAAUUUCAACCUUGGGGAGAUGAACAAAUCUAACGUGAAAACAGACUAGGAUGUAGCUGGGGCUUGAGUGGCUCAAGCAGCAGACACAGGAGCUGGUUUUUGGUCCUGACUGCAUGUAAAGUGGGAGAGACCUUUGAUAACUGGUGGUAGAGUUGCCUGUGUACUAAGGGGUGGUCUUGAGAUGGUGGGGGAUACAGCUCAGGACCAGAGUGGGGGCCCAGCUCUCUGCAGCCCCAAAUUGCCCAGUAAUUGCCUGAAUGUCAUCUCUCUCUAAGGAGAUGAAUCUAAUAUUCAUUUCCAUUUCCCUGGAAGCUUUCAUGAAUACUUUUUCCUUUAAAAACAUUUUAACAUUAUUUAAACAGAAAAUAAAGGUGGGCUCUUUGUUGUUAGUCUUUGCAGGAGAGCAGAUAUUCUUACUUAGAAUAUUACUUUGGAAGUAGGAAAAAUCAUUGUCUUGAAAUCUGGCUCUGUGCAGUAAACACGUCUGUAGUUCUGUUAGUUUGUGUAAAGCAUGUAUACAUUCAGGUAUGCCAUCAAAAUAAGAGGUAUAUAAAUUGAAUUGUUUUUAAUCCACUAACAAGUUGACUCCCCCUGCCCAUCCUAAGAAGUUUUAAUAGCAAAUAGAGGAGUUUAUGAACAUGAUGCAGGGUUCCAUUGGCAGAAUGACUUUUCAGUAGCUCAAAUCAAUUUCAGUGCCUUUAUCACUUGAAUUAUUCACUUAAUUUGACUAUUACUGUGUGUAUGUUCUCUUAGGUUAGAAUAAUGCAACUUCCUUGACUACAGUUUAAUAUUUCAAUAUUUAAACUAUAAAUGUGUAAAGCAGUUAGAAAUAAUAGUAUAUCCUUUGGAAGAUAGGACUAAACAUACAUUAGAGCAAAUUGAUCCGUGUAGCAUGUAGUUACUGUACAGUUCAAGAUAAUUGAUCUAAUUAGCAUGAGGUAUUUUAUUUAUGUUCAUUCUGUGUAACUGGGAUCCAGUAUCAAAUAUAUCCACAUUCUCUUUCAGCAAGCAUUUAUGACCAUUCAGAAGAAAUAAAUUAUUUAACUUGA